UGGGCGUUUUGUUGUAAGCAAAAUAUACACUGGCUUCUGACGAACGUUCAAGUACUCGGUUUAGAACUUACGUAUCGUUCUGAUAACGCUGCUGAAGUGACAGAUUCUGUUAGUGAAAAAAAAAUGUCGUCUGGUAUUUCUAAAGUGAUACUUCUUGCCUUAUGUCUCUCAGCUCCAAAGCUUGUUGACGGUGCUUGUGCUUUCGAAGACGUGAUUGGCUAUGGGGGUGAUGCAUCCUAUUGGGAUGACAGUAGUACAGGCUAUACGGAUAGCAAGUACAAUCACAAAGUUAAAGUUUGCAGAGAUGACACCACCACUCAAACGACAACAACCACCACAACUACUACGACUGCAUCUACUACCAAACCUACAACGACCGCACCAAUUAUACAGAAAUUGAUUCAGGACCCUCUUCAAAUAAUUUUUGGUCUCAUCCGUUCAAUCUUGGGUUAAGGCGAGAGAAAAAGGUGAGAAAACACAGAAAAGAUACAACAAAUCUACGUCGUCUUUAAGAUUUAUUUGACAUUUUGACAACUUCAAGACAUGGAGUUUCAAAAUCAGUAACAUAUUUUAAAGAGAUACACUUUACAAACUUGUUCUUAAAACUGAAAGUUUUGAAAUGUUCAGAAAUACGCAAGAAGCAAUAAUUUUAUUUUAGAAAAACUAAAGAUUAAAAAGGCUAAAAAUUAAUAAUAGUGAAAAUGAUUUUGUCGUUUCUCGUUCAUUUCAAUUGAA